UCUUUUCUUUUCAUUUCAUUUCUUCUCCAAAAACCAACCGCCGAUCCCAUUCAUCGCCAUCACCACCGUCGCCAUCACCACCGAUCCCAUUCAUUGCCACAACAGAGUACGAACCACAACAGAGUACGAAUCAGUCACCGUUCGCCGUCUCCGUCGCGCACCAUCGUAACCGGUUGCUCACCAACGCGCUGGACCUGUAACAAACUCCCACCACCGUCGUUCAUCAUCAAUCUUCCGUCACCGUCGUUCACCAUCAACAACACCGUCGUUCACCAAAUCAACACCACCGUCAUUCACCAUCAUCAUCACCACCGUCGUUUUUCGUCAACAUCAUCAUCAUCUUCGCAUUUUCAUCCUUCGCCAUAACCGUCACCGAAACCAAACGCUCACAACUUCGCCGGAAACCGUCACUGUGUUUGCCUUCAUCAGUCGGAAACCGAAACCAAACGCUCACAACCUCGCCGGAAACCGUUGCUGUGUUUGUCUUCAUCACCGGCGCUUUCUUCAUCACCGGAACUCCGUUUUCGCAAAAAGAUGAAAAAAAAAAACAGGUUAACAAAUCUAACGACGGGCCAAUUCCAAACUUCAGUAUUGGACUUACGCAAUUAGAGCAGGAGCAAGCAUCUGAUGAAGAUAAAGGAAAAAAAAGGGUAAAAAGAUGGAAAAGAAGAUGGAAAAAAGGGUUAACAAAUCUGAAGAAGCAAGUUCUGAUGAGGAACAUGGAAAGAAAAACUUGGAUUUAGAGCAACGAUUGAGGCACAAGCUUAGCAUACCUAAGGUCUAUGACCUUAUGAAGUCAAUAGAUGGAAAAAGAAGAAAAGACCAGAUAAUUCAACUUUUGAAUGAGAGUGGGUUUGGAGGAAUGGUUCAUAUAUGCAAAUGGACAAAAAUCCACACAUUCUUUGUGGAAUGGGUUGUCAAACACUUUGAAAAGGAGAAUAUGUGGAUAAGACUGAGCAAGACGGAUGUGCUCCCAUUGACAGAAGAAGAUGUGCACAGAGUGUAUCAUCUCCCAAUGGUGGGGGAGCAGAUCAACAUUAAACUUUGCUCAGAAGCAGCAAUUAAGAGACUCAGGGUAGAGUUAGGAUUGGAUGGUGAUUAUUCUCCAUUUGUCAAGGCGGCAGAGUUGGAGAUAAGAUUGAAUAAAAUGGAGAAACCAAAGGCAUGGGUAAAGGGUGCAAUUUGUCUUAUAAUUCACAACAUGUUGUGCCCCAAUAACAACAGCUUAGUUUCUCUACAUUAUGCUCAAGUAUUAGAAGAGGCUUCAUCUUAUAACUGGUGCUCCCAUGUUCUCCAAUAUAUGAAAGACGGAUUGCAAAAUCCGGAAGUGGCAAAUCCAUUAGCGGACUUCCACUUCCUAAUGAUUAAUUACAUGGAGAAAAUGGGAAAGAGAAGCCCAUUCCUUACUGGAAAAUACAAGUAGCCAUCGCUUCGUGAUUGGGAUGUUAAGUCGGCAAACCAAGACCUUCAGAAGGUGCAUGAGCUUAUGGGGCUGGAUAAAGGAUUGACAGUUGGGGUCAAAAGAGUGCAGAGCACCGAUGAUGGUCUGCUUGUAAUGUGUUUUGAUGCAGAAACAUGUCCACUAUCUAAGGCAGAGGAGCAUCUAAAUUAUUGUAGGGGUUGCAUACGGGUCUACACUAGAACCGCAGAAACCUUGGAGAGGAGAAUAGCUGAGGCAAAUGCUUCUACUUCUGCAAAGAAUGACAUAGUUUCAGCAGAAACAAACACAUCAAAUGAAGAUGAUGAAACUGAGAAGAAUAAGAGUUCAGGUACUUAGAAGGGGGUGGAAGUACCUGAAGCUGAAACUAAAGAUGAUGAAACUGAGGAGAAUAAGAGUUCAGGUACUCAGAAGGGGGUGGAAGUACCUGAAGCUGAAACGAAAGAUGAUGAUGCCAAAAGCAAUGAUGAAAAUGUCGAUGAUGAAGAAGUUGAGAUUGAUGGAAAGAUCAUUGAUGAUUCAGUUAAGGCAGCAUGCAAUGUGGGAAUGACAUUGACACAAGAAACUAUCUUGAAGUUUCCAGAGUUUUUUGAAGCUUCAAAUGCAGGGUUCAAUACAAAUGAUUCAGAGAAUCCAGCUUCAAACGUUGUUAAAGAUGUGACGGAUGGGGAGAAACCUACAAAAUGUGUCUCAAAAGUUGUUACAGAUGCAACUCCACUAAGGUCAGUGAUGCCAGAUGAAAUAAUUAACUUGGACAAUGUGCAAACAGUCACGACAAAGAAAAGAAAGAAGCAUAAUAUGCUUUAUUCUGAUAGCACAUACCCUGAGCGUCGACGUGUAGUGAAGAAAUCGAAGUACCUUGACAGCCCGUAUGAUGACGCUGUCCACGAGUCUACUGCAACUGAGUUGCAGAAAAAUUUAUCAACAUAUGCAUGGAGCUCGGAGCUUGAUCAGGAUGAGCUUCUGUACUGCUCGGAUAACAGGGCUCAUGAUUAUUUUGUGGAAAGGAUAGACUUGUGGUCGCUUCAACAAGACAAAUGGGUGUCAUGCUUUGUGAUCAAUGUCUGGAUCAACUGCUUAAACUGGAAUCAACAAAGAGACAAGAUGACAAGACUGGUUACACCCAUGAUUAACUAUGUUGAACUUGAAAGACCUGGUGCCUUUGACAAAAAUAACCCAGCUGCAUUCACAAGAUUCAUCGAGAGACUAAGCAAGUUCAAGUACUUGGAUUGGAAAGCUAUUGACCCUAACAGUCUAGAAUAUAUCAUGACGCCAGCUUUAAUUGGGGAUCCGGGAAGUCAUUAUGUGUGCUUCGUCGUGAAUUUGAAGAGCCAAAAAUUUGAAUACCUGAACAGCUUGACGGGAGAUAAAUUGCACACCAAGAAUGGCGCACCCACUGUAUACAAGGAUAUGUUUGAUGUUUGGCUGAACGAGGUGGAAGUAUUUGUGGAAGAAAUGUAUAAGACUAGAAAAAUCCGAAUGCCCUUCAAGUUUAGCACAUUUAAGUGGGAUACACCAAGGAUGCCCAAUCAAGUUGAUAAAGACAGUUGUGGAGUCUUCUGCAUGAAAUUUCUUGAUGAAUGGGGAGGUGACAACACGCAACUGGAUUCUUUCAAAGGAUGGUCCAAAAUGAAAAAAAUUGAGAGGGCUGCAAAGAUUAUGGAUCUCAGGAUUGGAAUUUGUUCCACAAUUAUAAGCAACACAAGCAAUUGCAGAAGAAAUCUUGUGGAGAAUAAAGCAAAAAUAUACUAUGAAAAAAAGCUUCAAAAACUUCAAAAACAUUAAAACAUUAAUUUCUUAAUUGUAAUUUCUGUUGAUGAAUUUAUGGACUAGUUUUAAUGUUUUUUUUUUUAUUGACUUUGUAUGGUAAAAUUUAGUUCUUGA